AUGGAUAUAGAGAAGGAGGACUCAGAGGCAUCCAACAAGGAGGUGACGGAGAAGGUUCGCUCGUCGAAGGAGCAACUUGGUCAGCCGAAACAUAUUGAGGAUCUGUCUCAAGACUUGGAUACGAAGGUUCAUAAGGAGGGCAAGAUACUGGCGACUCCGAUUGUCCGUGUGGAAAGGCAGGCUCUGGGACAGGGAGCGGGCGGAUCGGGGGGUAGUAUUAGUCAGCCCUCUACCUCAUCGUUCUUCAGGAAACCGGGCCCAAAAUCUUACAAGGGUAGAACAAGGGGGAGUCAAAGCAGGGACUCCUCUGUGGAAACGGAAACAUUCGAGAUCAGCUCGUCUGAUAGUGAUGUUUCUGAAUACAGAAGGAAGAAGGGAAGGAGUACUACCAUCGAGGAUGAUUCUGACGAGUCACCGCCGGAAAAAGUCAAUAUCGGUAGCAAGGGUCCACAGAGAAUUCCUGGAAGCAGGAAGAGAGAAAGGACAACUUCGGAUGCGGAUUCUGAUCGCAGGAAAAGUUGGACAACGGGAGAAUACGUCGGGCGAAGAGAGGCAAUUCUUCGGUAUAAUGAGGCCAAGGAAGAAUCCCUGAAUUUAGAUAGGGAGAAAUUGGUCCGCGAGUAUGGUGAUGCUGAUCUUUUCAAAAAAGCGAGGAUUGAUAUGGCUAAAGUGAAGGAAUCGCUGGAGGAGAAAUCAAUCGAGGAACUGAUGAAGCAAGCCAAUGAUAAUUGUGCUGAAGUCCUUCGAAUAGCGAGGUCUUCCAGUAACCUUAAGGGGACGUUUCAGAAAAGCCUUAAGGUAGCAGCGGCAACGUCUCUGGGGAUAGUAGACAUUCUUAAGGAAAAAACAACUUUAUCUAAGGAGGAGGCGAAAUCUUUAGAGAUAAGAUCGCUUAGAAAAGAGAUCUCUAGAUUGAAACUUAAGAUGGAAGACGAGAUUGAGAAAGAAAGAAGAAAGGCUCUGCAGGCGGCUGGAGAAGCCGAGGCCUACCGAUCGGAAUUGCAGGCCAUCAAGGACAAUCUGGUUAAGAGGAAGGAUAAGACUCCUAGUCCUAAAAGUAAGGAUAAAGAUCAAUACAGGGGGAAAUCAUCCCUGAAGUCCUCGCCGGAAACCUCGAAGAAGUCUACAUCUAGGAGAACUCCUUCUGAGAAUAUUAAAGCAAGGGAUAAAUUAAUCACCUCUGAGUCUGAAGGCAUGGAAGUUGAUGAAUCAUCUCCGAGGUUAAAGAAAGUCACUUUGGAUGACCCGAAGAAAUGGCCGGAGGUAAGGAGACCUACCUUAAGUGGGAAACAGAAAAUUAUCGAGGAAGAUCCGACGUCUCAAAGAGCAAUAUAUGAGGCGCAUAUAAAAUAUAUGUCUGAUUCGCAUAAGGAAAGCGGGGAAAAAUAUCAACCCAAUAAGGAAGGAAAUGAAGAAGCUCUUAAGAAUAGGAAAAGUAUCUCCGUAUAG